CUCCCGGUACUUCGGUUUCCUCCCGCAUUCCAAAAACAUGCGUGGCAGGUUGAUCGGAUGCUCUAAAUUGUCCCAAAGUAGGAUUGUUAGCGUGAAUGGUCGCUCGUCGAUGUGUGCCCUGCGGUUGGCUGGCAACAAGUUGAGGGUUGACCUCGCCCGCUGCCCCAAGACGGCCGGGAUGGCCUCCAAGACGGCCGCGACCCUCGUGGGGAGAAGCGCGUGAGAAAACGGGUGGAUGAAUUGAUUAAAAAAAAUACUUGCAGCACCAUAUGCACUGUUGCUUUCGGUGGGCGGAAGUCGGCGCCUCACGUCAUCGAUGACGUAACUAGCCCGAAAUGAAAACAAACCUCGACUAGCGUUCCGCGGAACAAGUCUUCACGAAUUCGGUCUGAACACCAUCGGGACUUUACAGGGGUGAAGCGUCAUUCCUGAAACCUCCGUGUCUCGAUAAAGUCUUCUCGGUGCACGCUGAACCUUCGUUUGGCUUAUCCUCCGUCAUAGUUUAGCUUAGCCUGCUAGCCGCUAACAAAGAGACGCCUUUGUCAUGUCAGCGCCCCACUUUGUAGAGAUCACGCCUGAGUGUCGAAUGUUGUGAUUAUGGUGGGAAAAUGUGGGCAAAGAGCGUGAAAGGAGAAGAGUACGAGGAGGAAUUUUGUGGAACCAAAGAGGCCACCGACGUCAAACACUGGACGCUGAUUUCAAGAAAGCUCCAGAUGAGCCACACGGAGCCGGCUAGUUCCCUUCUUACACUGCCAACAGUGUCGAAAUGUAUUCCUGAAAUUGCAUUCCGACAACGACGGUUAGUAGAAAGGAAUUUCCAACCCAAACUUCAGGACUAUGUCAGUUUUGUCGACACACCUCCUGAGCAGCGGGAGCCGGAGCACCCUCACGUUAAAGAGGAAGAGGAGCGGGAGACUCGCCACAAAAAAGAUGAAGAACAAGAGGCUGACGUCACCAACUUCCCAUUGAACGUCGUUGUGAAGAGUGAAAACGAUGACGAAGAAGAAGAUGGUGAUGAAAGAUCACAAGCAGGCAGCCUCUUAGCUCCUCUUUCAGGCGGUGACGACGUCACGUCACACUCUUCUGACACCGACACAGCCGAUGACGAGCGCUCCAAAGGUGAGAAGACGCAUCACGCCGACGACCAACGCUGGAAAUGUUCUCGGUGUGACAAAACGUUUGUCAACAAGUCAUCGCUAAAGAGACACACAAGGCUACACACCGGGGAGAAACCUUUUGCCUGUUCACUUUGUGGGAGGAGAUUCGCGGUCAAGGACAGUUUAACAAAUCACAUGAGAACGCACACCGGGGAGAGACCCUUUCCCUGCUCUGUUUGUCGUAAAAGAUUCAUCACAAAGGGAAGCUUAACAAAUCACACGAGAACACACACCGGAGAGAAACCUUUCGCUUGUUCGCUUUGCGACAAGAGAUUCUUCCGGAAAGGACAAUUUGAAACGCACUCAAGAACACACACUGGGGAAAAACCGUUUGCCUGCUCAGCCUGCAACUUAUCUUUCAGAGAUCGUACGGUGAUGGUUCAGCACAUGAAAACGCACACGGGCAAGAAACCUUUUGCUUGUUUGCUUUGCGCUAAAAGGUUCUCCAGAAAGGAAGUGUUACAAAGACACACGCGUACGCACACCGGAGAGAAACCUUGUGGCUGUUCUGUCUGCGGCUUAAACUUCAGUGAUCGUUCAGCACUGAGUUAUCACAUGAGAAAGCACACGGGGACGACGGAAGUGUUUUUGUGCUCCGUUUGUGGCAAAACAUUCUCUCGGAGGGCCACUUUGACGACCCACGCGAGGACGCACGCUGGUGAGAUAGCCUUGCAGCGCGUGUGCGAAACAAUUCCCAGGCCGGGAGCUGCUGACGAAACGCAAGUGUAGCUUGAAAAAGAGCGGCGCUAAAUGAAGCUUCAGCAAAUCUGUGAAGAAAAAUUGGACUCUUCUUGCUGACCAGUAAACGUGUCUAUGUGAUACUGAAUAAAAUACGAGUCUUCAAACUGU